UCUACAUCAAACUAGUACACCCCUCUCUUUUGUAGUAUACCUGUAUUUUAUCAUCGCUGGUCGAUUUUUAACUUCAAUAUGGAGCACUCCAACUUGGAGAACAACCCACCGAUUCUCAAGCUGCCUUCCGAAAUUCUUGAUCACUGCUGGGGUUAUCUGAGACGACAGGACCUUUUCCAAGUGUCCAGCGUGUCUCGCGUAUUCUGGUACACCUCAAGAUCGAGGAUAUUUCAGUCGCUUACUGUCACCCUGCCAUCUCCGGCGAUCCUGCCAUUGAACCAGAGCCUGGUCCGCCGUUCAACGAACAAAGCUUCUAAGAUGCUUGAGCGUGCUGCUACCCGAAUCACAAGUUUCUAUUCAGAUCCAAGUGCUGGUGAACUCUGGGACAUCGUUCAGGACUGGACGGUUGCAACUGCACCGGCGAUCAGGAGCGACAUAUUCUGCUUUCCGCGCUCGCAGGAGAAGAACCUGGCCUUGAGAUCGGUCGAUGCCGUCUUUCCGUUUCUGACGUGCAGUCGUAAUCUUCGCUCUCUUGAACUUGUCCGCGUGAAUCUUGGAAGGCAACAAUGGAUUAUCAUCGAAUGCCUGCCUGCACUGGAGACACUCAGACUCAUCUCAUGCCUCUUCCCGCUUUCAUCUCAUUUGGAGCGCCCACUGAAGCUAAAGGAACUUGCAAUUGCUGGAGACAGCUUCGGUCCCCGUUCAAUCGAAGAACGCUUGGUUUCCGUGCUCUGUAACCCAACCUAUCUACAAAAACUUACUCUUAUCGACUUUCUUAUCACCCACACUGUACUAGCAGCCCUUUCGUCUAUGGGGCCCUUCCCCCACCUCACAUAUCUAAGCAUAUUUGUUACAUCUUUAAGUGGCGAUCAUUUUUUCAGAUUCCUUGCAGCAACACCCGCCCUAGAAACAUUGAGGAUAUUCCCCUGGUCUGCAAACAUCACUCCCCCGCAUCCCUUGCCAGCCCUGUCUUCCCUUCAGUCUUACGACGGCUACCCCAACCUGCUUUCUUACAUCGUGCCUGGACGACCGGUCGAUUGCGUUUGCCUCGUGCUUAUGAUGGUCACUACAGACGUCAAUCAACCAGGUUAUGUUAUUCAUACCGAGCUGGUCUCGACUGUACGCGACAUCUCACGUUCCACAAUUCCAGUCAGGAGACUAGCAAUUGAGUACUUUCUGCCCACAUCAAGUAACCUCGCCGCUAUCGCGAAGCAUCUUCCGGAUCUUCAUCGCUUGGACUUAGGUCUUAUCUCGGGGCCCCCGCCGCUCACACCCGAAGAAAUCAUUGCCCUUUCCGAGUCAAAUUCUGAGUUCGGCCUCAACUAUGGUGGUGAAUCACUUGAUACUGUGGACACUACGCAAGGUCUCCUGAGUUGGCUAGCAGAAGGUCAUGCACCACUUCCGCCCAAGCUGGUAACACUUCGACUAUCACAUAAUUCGGCGGGAAACGAGGACAUGCAGUGUAUAGAAGGUGUCGCGCACCGGGAACUCGUUCGUUGCUUACAUGGUAGGUAUCCGACACUGAGCGAGGUCGAGGUGGGAGGAUGCCGCUGGUGGAGAGAGGGUGUGCAUUGGUCACAGGAGAUUCUUGAGUUUGAGGAAACGUGAAUUCUCGUCGCGUGCGUGUAAGACUACAUGUGCUCCAGGUUCACACCAGUGGGAUACAAAUAGCGCUAUAACCAUGCAUCCAUUACAACGCCGGAAAAUGAGUAGAUUUGGAAUCACUCUCAUUGCAAUAAGC